UUAAAAGCUUUGGGGGCCGAGGAGUUCCACCAUUAAAAGCAGAGAGCUUCGUCACCUUACUUUGCUCAGCUUUUAUCUCCGAUCAGGCUCUCGAGCUUUUCUUCUUCUUCUCUGUAAAGGCUCUGAGACUUUUUCCAAAAGCUCGAUCGAAUUCAGGCUGUGUAAAUUUGCACACGCUGCCCCUUUGAACAUAUUAUACACUAUUUGAUGGCUUGGUCCCUUGUUUUAUUUUUUGUCGAAGCUCAUACUUUUUUAACCUUUUUCCAACCAAUUAAUUGAAAGAGCUAAUUCAGGUAUGAAUUUCUUUUGUCUUUUCCCAUCAGGUUGUGUACUUCACAUUGUUAUGUAUAUGAUAUUUCUACAGCUGAAGUGAAGCAUCCAUCACUCUUGAGUUCACUGGGUCCUUUGUACCAUUUAUUAUAAGGAUCAUUUAUUUAAAAUCAAUCAGUGUAGCUUUCUUACACAAGCAUUUUCUACUGGAACCUUGGAAUAUGUCGAGUGGUUCUGUUAGACAGGUCUCGCGUCAAGAUAUACAACUGGUGCAGAACCUUAUCGAGCGAUGUCUCCAGCUUUACAUGAACCAGAAAGAAGUGGUAGAUACUCUACUGGACCAGGCAAAAAUAGAGCCUGGUUUCACGGAACUUGUUUGGCAGAAGCUUGAGGAAGAGAAUCGGGAAUUCUUCAGGGCUUAUUAUUUAAGAUUGAUGGUGAAGCACCAAAUAAUAGAAUAUAACAGGUUGCUUGAGCAACAGGUGAGGUUAAUGAGUCAGUUGCACUCAAGUGGAGUUGCUUCAAUACCUAGUACCAAUGGAUCUCACAUUUCACCAAUGCACCAAAACGCCCCAUGCUAUGCGCCAGAGCAUGUAGGACCAGCAUUGAAGACAGAAAAUAUACACCACCAAGUUGGUUCCUGCGUACCUAAUGCAUUUACGAAUGGUGGGUCUUCAUUGCACACUAGUAUGCACAAUGCUGUUAAAAUGUCUCCUCAUACCAGUAGGAUUGAUGUCCCACCAAACAUGCUUUCGAAUCAGAGCUCCAACGUAGGUCUGAUGCAAGGAAUAAAUGGGGGAAUUAUCAAAUCAGAAGUUGGAUAUUCAGGCAGUUCUUACAUGUUUAGCGCUGAUGCAAACAUCCUGGAAGCACGGCCCACUAUUGGAGAUGCUUCUGUUGCAGCAUUCAACAGCGUAGAGUCCAACUCACAGCCCCUAAAUGAAUCACUUCUUGACGCAGACUCUUCAUCAUUUGGUUUUUUACGUCAGAUUCCUCGAAUUUUCAGCCUCUCGGACCUGACAGCUGACUUUUCGCAGAGCUCAGACAUACUGGAGAGCUAUCCUAGAUCACCCUUCUUAGCAACAGAUAAUGAUAACUUCCUGGAUUCUCGUGAAAGAGAACAUCAAGGAGACAAUAACCGGUUGGACACCAUUUCAGAAGGCGUAAGCUAUGAAGAUUUUGGCAGUGAAUAGUAAUAAAAUUUCAGAAGUAAAAUUUCAUGCUAGGACAGAAGGGUUUGUACAUACCAUUUAAGAUUUUGGUUGAUGUGUAAAAUUCAGUGAUGGUAGUGAGAAAGAGAAUGACAGUAGAGUGCUUCUUUACAAGUGGACAGCAAGGUUGAAUUGCUUGAUGAAAUCGUUUUUGAGAUCGUCGAUAUGCUGCAGGUUUGAUAUAGUCGGUUAUCUUUGAGGUAUAUUUAUCUUUGAAACAAAUGUGGUUUUGAUGAUGGUGAUCUGUGCACAAUCCAAAGAAGAAAUGACAGAGAGGAAACUAAUGCUUGUGUGUGUUGAUCUUAUUAUGCUUCAAUUAGAAUUGUUGACAUCUAAUAAAGAAAUCUAGUUGCAAUUGGUUCUGUUUAAUUUUAUACAUAAUUUCAGAAGUGGGGAUAUAAAUUGCA